AUGGCUGAAUUUGGAGAAAUUCUCCAGAAUAUUGGAGAUUUUGGACGUUUCCAGAAGAUCAUCCUCUUUGCUCUCUGCUUUCCAAAUGUCAUCAUGUCCUUCCUGUUUGCCAGUGUGUAUUUCACUGAAUCAGAUCCAGACAGACACUGUAACACAGACUGGAUCCUCGGGGUCAGUCCCAACCUGACUGCCGAGGAGCGGCUGAACCUCACUGUGCCCCGGGAGGAGGACGGGUCCUUCAGCAGGUGUCGGAUGUUCGAACCGGUGGACUGGGACAUCGAAGCUAUCAGGAAGUACGGGCUGAACGAGACCGCCGGCUGCCGGAAUGGAUGGCAGUACAACAGCCUGCUCUAUGAGUCCACCAUCGUCACGGAUUUUGAUUUAGUCUGUGACAAGGCCAACAUGGUGCAAGUGGCACAAACAGUAUUUAUGGCCGGUGUCGUCGCUGGCUGCCUCUUAUUCGGACCAUUUGCUGAAUCGUUUGGUCGUAAACGAGCCACUCAGAUCCCACUUUUCAUCACAGUCAUAUUUGCAUUGACAACUGCACUGUGUCCCAACUUCUACUUGUAUUUGGCCUCCCAGUUCAUGGUUGGGAUCGGCUAUGGAGGAUUUCGACUCAACUGCAUCAUUCUGGCCACUGAGUGGAUCGGGGUGUCCAAGAGGUCGUGGGGGGCGUGUAUCACGCAGCUGUGUGGCGCGUUGGGACAGAGCCUCCUGGCCGGGAUGAUUUACCUGGUCAGAAACUGGAGACUGUCUCAGCUCAUCACAGCAGCUUUGCACGGGGUGGUCGCUCUCUACAUAUGGUUCAUUCCAGAGUCGGCCAGGUGGCUGCUGGAUUCAGGAAGGACAGAAGAGGCAAAACAGUUGAUUAAAAGAGUGGCAGCCAUCAAUAGACGCACUGUCCCAGAGUCUCUGCUGGAAAAGAUUGUUGUAAAGGAAAAAAAGGAAAAGAGAGGCAUCAUAAUUCUUAUGCAAUCGUCUGUACUUAGGAAAUAUUUCUUUGCCGUAAUAUUGGGAUGGUUUUCAUUGAAUAUUGCUUACUUCUGCCUUUCUUUUAAUGUGGGAAAAUUUGGCCUGAGCAUCUUCUUGACGCAGGCUGUGUUUGGCUUGAGCGAAUUGCCGGCACAUGUUCUCUGCAUUUGGCUGUUGGAAGUGUUGGGGAGAAAAGUCUCUCUCAUAUCGACUCUUCUGAUUUCUGGACUGUUGUGCUUGUUACUCCUAGCCUUCCCUGAAGGCAAUGCUGUGGCUGUUACAAUACUAGCAACAUUAGGACGCAUCUUCAGUAACUGGGCAGGAUCCGUGUGCGGCGUGUAUGUUCAAGAACUCUUCCCAACGUCUUUUCGACAAACAGCGUCUGGUUUGGGCUCCAUCGCGAGCCGAGUGGGCGGGCUGCUGUCUCCACUGCUCAACAUGCUGGCCGUGUACCACUGGUCCAUCCCCACCAUCGUCUUCGGCUCCCUGUCACUCAUCAGCGGAGGUUUCAGCUUCGUGCUGCCUGAGACCAGAAGGAAAGAGCUUCCUGACACGACCGACGAGGCCGAAGACAACAGAUAUAAGAUGCCAAUGAAGACCGAAAACAUGUUCAAGGAGUUGGACAUACGCCCAGGACAAUCAACCAGGCUGUAG